CUUAAGUCCAUUCAUUAAAGUACUCAUCGCUUCUUUAACAAAAUUGUAGUGACACUGAAGGCACUCACCUCUUUAGAAAUAUUGGAUUUGACUCGUGUCCAUAACAGAGCUGUAUGUGUACAUCCAGCCAUAUGAUAAACAUGAUAAUGUAAAACAGAGACAGACAGACAUAUAGAGAGAUUGGUAGACAGACAGACUUUAAACAAUGCACGCAACCUUGUUAAUGCUAAUACGUUUUAGCUUGUUUUCCUAAUAACUUGAAUAUAGCUUUUCUGGCUAAUGGUAUACUUUAUAGGUUUUAGCUAACUUUGCACUUUAUAAAUAUUAUUCACUUUCUUACAUAGGCCUAGAUUUAAUACUGUUGGAUAAGGUAUUCCAAAUGAUUUAAUAUUUUGGAUAAACAUUUAAAAAUAAUAUAACAGAAUAAAUAUCUAAAUUAGGAAAUAUGUAUUAGUUCAUACUUUUUCAUAUAUUGUUUAUAAGCUAAUUUUUUUUUUUAAAGUUUAUCUAAAAAUAUUAAAUUAUUUGAAAAGUUAACCCAUUAACAUUAAUUAUUUUUAUCUUUAAACAGAUAUGACAAAAAUCUUGUAUACGCCCAGCGUUGGGGAAUAAGAAAAGGUGUAAUAAUGGGAUUUUUUACUGGGUACAUGUGGUUUAUUAUUUUUCUUUGUUACGCAUUGGCCUUUUGGUAUGGCUCAAAACUAGUUCUCGAAGAAGAAGAAUAUAGUCCUGGAAACCUUUUACAGGUAAUUAAUUAUGUUUAAUAUGCAACACAACCAAACCUUUCCAGCUAUCACGGCAAAUUAUCGGUUUUGUUAAUUAAAAAUGACCUCUUAAAUCAAAUUCAUAACCGCUACUUUUAUCUAACUUUACAAACAUACUCCAACAUAAAUUUUAAAUAAUAACAUGUUUAGAUGUAUUGCAUACUUUUUGCUGAUUUUCAUUUUUGACUCUGCAUUAGAAAUUCCUGUUAGAUAUUGAUCUCGUUCUAAGCUUACUUUACAAACCAAUUUUUCAUUUUUAAUAUGGCAGCUUAAUGAACCUAACCUAUAAAAUCCGACACAAAUAAUUAAUUUUCACUUAGCAGCCAAUUAAUUUAGUAAUUGAAGGUAACAAAUUAAGUGCCUUGUUCAAGGUUGCAUCCAAGUAGCCGACAUUCUUUUUCGUACAACAUGACCUUUGCAAUUACAAAAAAUCGAAUGUCGUUCUGUUUAUUUUUUUGUUGUAGGUGUUUUUCGGCGUGUUGAUCGGAGCCUUGAAUCUUGGCCAGGCAUCUCCCUGCUUGCAGGCAUUUGCUUCUGGAAGGGGGGCUGCCACUCAUAUUUACGAGACAAUUGAUAAUGUAAGCUCUUUUCCAUUGUAAAAUAAUUACCAACUGUAGAAAUUGUGUGCAAAAAUUAUCUAUGAUAUCAAUUGAGUCAAUGGUAAUUUAUAUGACAAAUGAUGGUUAAAAAACCAAUCUAAGUUUGCAAAUAUUUUCUCAAAUUGUCACAACUUACUCUUUAGUAAAUUGGCCAUUUUACUGAAUAUAAUUGCAUGAGAGUAUCUGUUUCUAUUAUGGCAGUACAUACACGAUCAAACAUAAAAUGCCACCAAUACUUAAUGAUCUUUAUUCUCUGAAUUUAGAAUAAGGGACACCUUAAUGUGUGUGCUGGUGACUGUAGUACAGGAAGUAAGAAAAUAUUGUAACUUACAUCUAAAUAUGUACGAGAAUUCUAUAUCAAUUAAUUUAUCUAGAAAUGUAACAUAUUCCCUAAAAUGAUAAUUCACAUUGAAUUCAAAGUGAAUUUCAAAUUAAGGGCCAGAGAAGCCAAACUGAAAGCAUAUGUGACUUCAAAAAUAUUUCCAGUUUAGCUAUUUUGACCUUACAUUUUAAAUUCACUUUGAAUUCUCACUCUAGUGAAUAAUCCUGCAUAUUUUUGCAGGUUUUCAAGUACAGCUUGGGAAUGCCCUGGCACACUCGCAGAGUCAUUUCUUAAACCAUUUAAGAAUGGUUUGACAAUUUACCUAGGUCCUUCUGGUCGCCUGCAGCCACAAUGCCUGUUUUUGGAUUCUCAUGCAAAGAUAAUUCAGUUAUCUGCCCUGGGGUUAGCAGGGCUAUUUAUUGGUGCUGUUAUUGGUGGGGAAUGUCAGCUGAACACUAUCAGCCAAUGAUUGUGGCCAUGUAGCUCAGAGGAGACAUGCAACUUCUCAUGUAGGAGAAACCAGAUGUAACACUGGCGCACAGAGGACUCAGUUAAGUUGUCAGUAGUUUGCCAAUAGUUGGACAAAUUACUCUGGCAAGGCACCGGUGCACUUCUGUCACUAUUGUCACUAUAACCAGUACAGUGGCUUGCAGUGGUUAUGGUGCUUAGAGUGUUCCUUUAACUGAUAAUAAAACCCUUCUUUUACACUUUUCUUUUUUUACAGGAACCAAAAAUUGACUGCUUGUCAGAAGAUGGGUAUAAACUGGACAAAGUGAAAGGAGAAAUUGAAUUUCAUAAUGUUAACUUCUAUUACCCUUCCAGACCCGAAGUACAGGUAAAUACGAAAAAUGUACAAAUCAAUAUAAGAAAUACCUACACUAUAAAGUGUUAAAAGUAAAGGAGCUGUAAAUAGUCAAAAGGAUUAUUGUAUUCCUUUUUUGUAAACAUUUGUUUUGAAUAAUCAAAAUCUGCUUCUUAACCAAUUUAAAAUGUGAAUAUUCACCACACUAUUUCCUUAGCUCUUAAAGGACCACUAUAGUGCCAGGAAAACAUACCACUAUAGUGCCCUUCCUGGAGAGGAAGGGGUUAAAUUUACCUCUUUCUCCAGCGCCGGGCGGGGAGCUCUCCUCCUCCUCUUCGCCUUCUCUCCUCCUCUUCGGCUGAAUGCGCAUGUGGGGCAAGAGCUGCAGGCGCAUUCAGCCAGUCUCAUAGGAAAGCAUUUACAAUGCUUUCCUAUGGACGCUGGCGUCUUACAGUGAGAAGCACGCAAGCGGCUCUAGCGGCUGUCAAGAGACAGCCACUAGAGGCUGGAUUAACCCUAACAUAAACAUAACAAUAACAGUGUCCGUGAAACUGCUAUGUUUAUUGAAAAAAGGGUUAACCCUAGCUGGACCAGGCACCCAGACCACUUCAUUAAGCUGAAGUGGUCUGGGUGCCUAUAGUGGUCCUUUAAGAUGAGAAAAUUAAGUGAUAGCCUUAUUUUUGUAAAUAUGUGAGGUAACAUAGUGUCAGACUUUUGGAGAACAUGAAGAACCCAAACUUAGUAUCCAGAUGCCUCUCGUUCACUUUUAGGCAGCUGGUCUUCAAAACAGCGAUUUAAAAAACAUUAAACAUAAUUACUUCUUACUUCAAAAUACAAAAUGCCAUUUUUUUUAUCAGAAAUAAUUGUAUGUAUGUUAAAAUACAGUUAAUAGUCGUGUUCUAUAUCAGGGGUGGGUAACCUUCACUACUCCAGAUGUUGUGGGCUACAUCUACCAUAAUGAUCUUACAGACAUGAUGCUGGAAAGGCAUCAGGAAAAUGUAGUCCAGAAUACCUGGCCAAAGGUUGCCUUCUUCUGCUCUACAUCUUCAAAUAGAUAAUGAGUAAAAAUCUAAAUGGGAUCCCAGAGGACAAAUUGGCCCAGCAUAUCCCAGCAAGCCUGACACAUGCACAGUUUAUGUCAUCAUAUCUCGCAGGAGUUAUAGAUUUAGACACUUGAAAAUUAAGAUGAUAUAAUGUUGCUAUACACUGGUGUAUAUUCACAAUACGUUUCAUCUAAACAUACCAGAAUGAGCCGAUGUUAAAGUACCUUCCUCUGCAUGAGAAGGAAUAGAACAAAUCUAGAAAUUAACAUUCAAAUAUAAAAAUAGCACAAAGCCUGAACUACUUAAAACAUUUAAGUGUUCACACUUGGCAAGUGCUGCAGAAAUAGUGCAACAAGAUAAUAAGGCGUACUUGUCAAAUAAGCAGCAUUUUUAUGUAGGCUUUAAUAUAUGCAAUUUUAUUUCCUUCUUUCAACUGAAAAUUCUAGAAAUCAUACAUGUCUAUAAGGAAAGUUAGACCGAAAUAAGUUUGAUGACUCUGGUGGACCCUAGAUUUUUCACUUUACAUCCAGUCUUUUCUUUUGUUUUCCCCUCCAUUCUCGUGUGAUGUCUUCUCUCUCCUCCCUUUUUUUCUUCUCCACUGAGCAUUUUUGUUCUGUCCCAUCCUCCUCAAUUCACUCUCCUCGUCCAUUCUUUUCCUUUCCCUUCUCUUCAUCUAAUAUGUUUCCUACCUGCCCAGUUAUUCUGAUACAAACAUCUUACUUGCAAAAUAUAUCAUGUAGUUCAUUGAUUUAUCAAUGCCAACGGGCAUACCACCUCUUAUCAUAUUAAUUGCACUGCUUUUCCCUUUCAAAGAUUUUACACAAGCUAAACAUGAUCGUAAAAUCUGGGGAAACAACAGCUUUUGUUGGACCAAGUGGAGCAGGAAAAAGUACUACAAUUCAACUCAUUCAACGUUUCUAUGAUCCUGAUGAAGGAAUGGUGAGUUUGCACCUAUUUAUUUGAAAUGUUUUUAAAAUUCUGAGGCACAGUGCCCAUCGCAGCAAUAGUAACCAUAAGGUGAUCCUAUGCAGCUGCCUAUGGCCCAGGGGUUUGACCAUGGUUUCGGAAAGAAUAAUUGGCUUGUCCAAAUUCUGCAUCCCAAGAUGAAGAAUGAAGGGGGGAUCAAACCUGCUUAGAAUCUUAAUACUUUUCUGAAUGUAUAUUGUUAGAGCUUCUUCAUGAUGGCAUAUGGAGCUGAUGACAUUACCUUAUUUUCAAAUUGUCCAAGUGAUGGUGUGGAUGUUUUUAUAGCUAACAUAAGAUAAACAGUUCACGUACAUGUGAAAAAUAAAAUAUUUAUUUGUUGAAAACACUAAAAUAACAAAAUAACAAAUAGCUUCCGUAUUCCAGUGUCUCCAGUGUCCAUAUGCACCAUUUGGAGGAAAGUGACCUUUUAUUGUAUUUAAUUGACAGGUGACAUUAGAUGGCCAUGAUGUACGGUCACUUAAUAUUCAGUGGCUACGUUCCUUGAUUGGCAUUGUUGAGCAAGAGCCAGUUUUGUUUGCUACUACAAUUGCAGAGAACAUUCGCUUUGGUAAGGAAUCUGCCACAAUGGAAGAGAUUAUCAAUGCUGCAAAAGAAGCAAAUGCCUACAACUUUAUCAUGGACCUACCGCAGGUAAUAAUUUUUUUUGUAACUGUGCCAGUAAUUUUCUUUCCCCUACACACAGCCAAGAUAAAACACCAAGAUCCAAUUCUUGGUUUAUUGCAGAAUAUAAACUUGUGGCUACCAAGGGAGAGUCAAUACAGAUUUUGAAUAAGGUCCCUCCUUACUGGGAUGUAUUUUUGCAUGUAACAUUCUUGCAUUUAACCAAUCACUGUUAAAAACAAACAUGUUUAAGAGUAACUUUCAUCCAAUACUAUACUCCUACUCAUACUCUUAAAAUAUGUUUUGAGGCAAUAUCCUACAGCAUCAAUGCUUUAACACUGUCCUCAAUGACUCCUCUCCUGCAACUGUCAAAAUUUCCUACUAAGCCCUCAGUGUAUACUUUUCUAACAACUACUUCACACCCCUACUUUUACCCUUUGUGUCAUUUUACCCCACUCCCUCUAGCAUGUAAGCUCAAUGAUUAGGACCCUCAACCCCUCUGUUCCUGUACGUCCACUUGUCUGGUUACUAUUACAUGUCUUUUAGUCCACCCAUUACACAAUUUGAUGGCACUAUAUAAAUAAUAAAAUAAUAAUAAUAUCACUUGUUACAUCAUUCUCACAUCAUGCUUGCAUGUUCAGUGACACAGAACUAACGCACAUAGAAAAGCACAUUUAGGCAAAUUCCCAAAAUCCAGUUUUUAGCCCUUUCUCCUCUGCUAGAUUGCAUGUUGUCUACAAUCCUUUCACAAUCAUCAUUGGCAUGAAUGUAUAAGUGAUAACAUUAAUAUAUAAAUCAUAUAAUGCACCUUUUUUUAAUCCAGUGUGUGUGCAAAACAUAGCAAGUUUGCAAUGUAAAAUUGGGGAACAGUGAGAUUGAUUCAUACUUUGCGGGCCCUACAACCACAGGUUUACUGUGUCAAAAACAAAAAUCUAAAUGUCUGUUCUAGAAUUGGAAGUUAUAGCAAAUAUAGAGAAAGCACUCACUUAAUUAUUCUGGCGCUAUAGCUAUGGACUCUUGCCCAAGAGAGCCAGCAUGAAUUUCAAAAUAAAUUUGGUAUGGGUUUAGUGAUGUAUUUUAUUGAACUAACAUUUUGGAACGGUAGUAUCUUUGUCAAGCCUGGGUUACAACUAUUGCAUACACUCCUUAAGGAACGUGGCAGUGUAAACUCACAUUGACAGUGACUGAAUCAUUGUAUAUACUAAUGUUCUGAUCCUUUCACUGCAGGGUGUUGGUAUGCCUUACAAUAAAAAUAAUAUAAAAUAAUAUAAUGAAUCAUUAGUUUUCCUCAUUAGGAUACUGCUAUUUAAAGAGGUGAUCUUUGGGUGCUAAUCAUUCCCAAAGGUUUGUCGAAGAGAUUGAAAUGGUUUGAUAAAACAAGGGGCAACAGUCGUUGCUACAACUAUAAUCUGCAUAAUUAUGGUAUUUGGAGGAUGCCUUUGAUGGGAAAUGACCUUCCAAAUUUUACCAGCAUAUAAAUUGUAGCAAUGUUGAAACAAAUAUUCAAAAGUAUUUCAUGGUAGUAAAUAAUUAAAACAUUUCUCCCCUACUGUAAAAAUAAGGAAAAACCUUCACAAUCAUUUCUACCAUAAUAAUAAUAAUUGUUCUUCAUGACUGAUUUGGUGUCAGGCACUUUACUCAACAACUUUAUCGGUUAAGACCUCCACGUUAGUAUUCUUUGAGCACAGUCUGGAUCUGGACAUCUUUAUCAACUUUGCUGUGUUAUAGCGAUGAUCAUACUGUUGACUGUUGAUCAGUCUGUUGAAUUUUACCUGCAACCAUUUACAAAAACACUAUUUAAAAUGGUUGUUUACUUUGGUGUUAUUGAUGAUAAUUUUGUGAGCAUUUCACUCCUGAAUUACAUGGCUUUUGAUGCAUUUUAUAAUUUUUUUGAUUUUUUUUUAUAAAUUGUUCAUUUUUUUACAAUAUAGUUCUAGGAGUUUGGGAGUCUAUAGCAGUGAAAAAUAAAUUCACUGUUAACCCAUCUUUGUGAUUGAAAAUUUAGAUGCUGGUCUGUUGUGGGGCUAAUUCAACUGAGCCUUUUAUGCAUUUUCAAUAUUAGCUAUUUCUGCAUAUUUAUAUAACUCACAGUUUUAAUCUUAGCCUAUUGUAUACCCUUCAAAGCUUUUUCAAAGGAUAUAAAUUGUGUGUGCUGUUAGUAAGAAUUUAAUUCCUAGAACAGCUUAUGGAACAAAUAGCCAUUGUUUAUAUAGCAUCACAGUUUGAACAAUUCAGAAAACCACGGGAUCAGAUACAGAUUUAGAUCAUAGAUUUAUUUAAUAUUCACAACUUUCUAAUUCUGAUCGCAGAGGAUGUUAAGGUUAAUUAAAGGCUUCGAAGUGUAUUUUGCAUGAGUUUGUAUGAGUUUGUGCCAGUUCAUACUGAGAAAAACAUACUGAAAACAGGUAAUUUUUUAAUGCUUUUAUUGGUAACAUAAAUACUAUAGUGUAGGCACAUCCCACUAAUAUAUAAAUCUAAUGGUAAUAACACAGUAUGUAUUACAAAACUGACGACAGUAUUUUAUCAGCCUGAGGUUCAUUUGCGAGUCCCAAUUUUUCCAAAACUCUUUCUAUGCCCCAAUUGCCUGAGUAGGAGACUACUACCCAUUUCCCUUAACAGUUGUCUACUGACUAUCUGCAGUUAAUGACUGCUCAUUUAUUUCAGUGGGUUAUUUUUCCCUUGCCUUAACUAGUACCUAAUUCUUUGUUGGUAGCACAAGCUGCUCUGUUGUCAAUGUGGGGACUGCCUUUUCUCCUGAUAAAUUUUGCCUUCUUUUCUUUGCACUUUCUCUCUUUUUCUCACUUAUGUCUGGACCUCUUUGUUUCUUGUCUUUUGCUAUCUCUUCCCUUUUUUUCUCUUGUGAUCUUUGACUCUUUUCCUCCCAUUUUUCUUCUGCUAUCUUGAGACCCUUGUUUUCUUUUGAUCUUUGACUCCUUUCCUCCCAUUUUUCUUGUCCAUUUUGCCUAUUUUUCUCUGCCUUCCCAUGAUCCCUUCCAAAUUUUACUUCUUCACUCUUUUCCUCCGAUGAUUCUUCGGCACUUUUUGCAUGUUUUGCAUUUCUCUUUUCUUCUGCUCUGCUAAUAUCCCUUUUCUCAAUUGAUAUCUGAUUCUUUUUCUCUUUCAUUUCAUGCCCUCUUAGUUUAUUUUCUUCUGCUAUCUUGAGACCCUUGUUUUCUUUUGAUCUUUGACUCCUUUCCUCCCAUUUUUCUUUUGCUAUCUUGAGACCCUUGUUUUCUUUUGAUCUUUGACUCCUUUCCUCCCAUUUUUCUUGUCCAUUUUGCCUAUUUUUCUCUGCCUUCCCAUGAUCCCUUCCAAAUUUUACUUCUUCACUCUUUUCCUCUGAUGAUUCUUCGGCACUUUUUGCAUGUUUUGCAUUUCUCUUUUCUUCUGCUCUGCUAAUAUCCCUUUUCUCAAUUGAUUUCUGAUUCUUUUUCUCUUUCAUUUCAUGCCCUCUUAGUUUAUUUUCUUCUGCUAUCUUGAGACCCUUGUUUUCGUUUGAUCUUUGACUCUUUUCCUCCCAUUUUUCUUGUCCAGUUUUUCUAUUUUUCUCUGCCUUGACAUGACCCCUUCCAAAUUUUACUUCUUCACUCUUUUCCUCCGAUGAUUCUUCGGCACUUUUUGCAUGUUUUGGAUUUUUACUCUCAUCAUCCAGUGCUGUUCUUACUUUCUUGUUUUCCUGCCCAUUUUUUUCUCCUUGCUGUUCACCAUUCCUCUCCGCUGACUUUUUUCUACCCUCUGAAUGAUGACUAUUAUUUUGUUCUCGAUUUUUACCCUCAACGUCUCGUGCUGGUCUUACUUUCUUGUUUUCUUCCUCUUCUCUUUCUCCUGGCUGUCGACCUUCCCUUUCUCCAUUCUUUUUUAUGCCUUCUGAAUGAUGUCUAUGUUUUUUUCCUGGUUGUGUACCAUUACUGACAUCUGUUUUAUUUUCUUUCUCCUCUUGAAUGCUUUCUUUGUGAUGAUGUGCGUUUUGAUUUCUUUUAUGUGAGCGUGACUUGUUAUUAUAUUGUCCUAAAUCUUCAUUAUGUUUGUUGCGUAGACCUGUAAAGCAAGUCAUCAAAAUAUUAGUGUCUAUAUCAAGAUUAUAUUGUAACAUUCACUCACUAACUUAGCACAUAUGCCAAAAGUAACUCUCCAGCUACCGUUCAGCCUGAUGAUGUGUCUACAAAUAUUAGUGAAAUACUAAAGAGGAUCACACUUUUUGUCAUAACUUGUGAUUGUGUUGAAAUUAUAAGACUGGGCAUUGAAAUUUACAUUUUAAUUGGCAUUUAGGUAACUAGUUAUCAGAGUCGAGAGAAAAAAAAAAGAAACAUUUUUAAAUAUGGAUUUUGGUGCAAUGUGCAAAGUUAGAAACAAUCUGAAAAUCAUUUAAUCCCAUUCUGAAACUUAUAGCAACACCCUAUAGUACUGUCACAAUGUCGUUACAGGAACACUCCAAUCACCAUAAUCACUAAAGCCUACAGUAGUAGUUAUGGUUGCUUCAAGUGUCCUGGCGCUCUUCCACUGUAAGCCAGUGUAGACUUGGUUGCCAUGUUUAAUAUAGAUCCCUCUGAAAAAUGUGUUCCUAGAACUACUAAAGUGUGCAAACACCAUUAUCUACUUAGUUAUAGAUACACAGUGGGAGGAAAUACGUGCACGGCUUGUGUAUGAUCCUUUAUAUGUGAAAGCUGUGCUGUAACUUUCUUUUUUUAAAUUAGAGUAUAUUUUCAGUGUUGUCUUCAGUUAUAUCAGAUACAUUAUUCAGUCACGCCUAUUUCACUAAGAAAUGUGGAAAGAAAAUUAGUUUAUAGAUAUACAUGUAAACUAUCAGAAAAUAUUGUUUAUUUUCCAACCUCUGCCUACUGAUUCUUCUUCUCAAUUUUUCAAUUUCUAGUCUAUGGGCGUAAAUGUUACAGUUUUUUUUAAUUUUAUUUACCUUCUUUGUUUCCUUCUCCAUCAACAUGGUUGUUUAUAUCUCUUGGGUGUCUGCCGUUAUUUUUAUGGUUACUGUUUGCUCCAGGCUGCUGUCCAUUCUUUACUCCUUGCCCUGGUUUACUUCCUGGAUUGGCAUCUCGCUUCUCUCGUUUAUUGUGAUGUUUAUUAUUUGCUGGUUCCUGUCCUUCUCUUUCUCCUGGCUGUUGACCUUCCCUUUCUCCAGUCUUUUUUCUACCCUCUGAAUGAUGACUAUUUUUUUGUCCUGGAUUUUUACCCUCAACGUCUCGUGCUGGUCUUACUUUCUUGUUUUCCUGCUCUUCUCUUUCUCCUGGCUGUUGACCUUCCCUUUCUCCAUUCUUUGUUUUGCCUUCUGAAUGAUGCCUAUGCUUUUUUCCUGAGUUUGUACCAUUACUGACAUCUGUUUUAUUUUCUUUCUCCUCUUGAAUGCUUUCUUUGUGAUGAUGUGCGUUUUGAUUUCUUUUAUGUGAGCGUGACUUGUUAUUAUGUUGCCCUAAAUCUUCAUUAUGUUUGCUGCGUAGACCUGUAAAGCAAGUCAUCAAAAUAUUAGUGUCUAUAUCAAGAUUAUAUUGUAACAUUCACUCACUAACUUAGCACACAUGCCAAAAGUAACUCUCCAGCUAACAAAUGAACCGUUCAGCUUGAUGAUGUGUCUACAAAUGUUUGCGAAAUACUAAAGAGGAUCACACUUUUUGUCAUAACUUGUGAUUGUGUUGAAAUUAUAAGACUGGGCAUUGAAAUUUACAUUUUAAUUGGCAUUUAGAUAACUAGUUAUCAGAGUCAAGAGAAAAAAAAAGAAACAUUUUUAAAUAUGGAUUUUGGUGCAAUGUGCAAAGUUAGAAACAAUCUGAAAAUCAUUUAAUCCCAUGCUGAAACUUAUAGCAACACCCUAUAGUACUGUCACAAUGUUGUUACAGGAACACUCCAAUCACCAUAAUCACUAAAGCCUACAGUAGUAGUUAUGGUUGCUUCAAGUGUCCUGGCGCUCUUCCACUGUAAGUCAGUGUAGACUUGGCUGCCAUGUUUAAUAUAGAUCCCUCUGAAAAAUGUGUUCCUAGAACUACUAAAGUGUGCAAACACCAUUAUCUACUUAGUUAUAGAUACACAGUGGGAGGAAAUACGUGCACGGCUCGUGUAUGAUCCUUUAUAUGUGAAAGCUGUGCUGUAACUUUCUUUUUUUAAAUGAGAGUAUAUUUUCAGUGUUGUCUUCAGUUAUAUCAGAUACAUUAUUCAGUCACGCCUAUUUCACUAAGAAAUGUGGAAAGAAAAUUAGUUUAUAGAUAUACAUGUAAACUAUCAGAAAAUAUUGUUUAUUUUCCAACCUCUGCCUACUGAUUCUUCUUCUCAAUUUUUCAAUUUCUAGUCUAUGAGCGUAAAAGUUACAGGUUUUGUUUAUUUUAUUUACCUUCUUUGUUUCCUUCUCCAUCAACAUGGUUGUUUAUAUCUCUUGGGUGUCUGCCGUUAUUUUUAUGGUUACUGUUUGCUCCAGGCUGCUGUCCAUUCUUUACUCCUUGCCCUGGUUUACUUCCUGGAUUGGCAUCUCGCUUCCCUCGUUUAUUGUGAUGUUUAUUAUUUGCUGGUUCCUGUCCUUCUCUUUCUCCUGGCUGUUGACCUUCCCUUUCUCCAGUCUUUUUUCUACCCUCUGAAUGAUGACUAUUCUUUUGUCCUGGAUUUUUACCCUCAACGUCUCGUGCUGGUCUUACUUUCUUGUUUUCCUGGCCUUCUCUUUCUCCUGGCUGUUGACCUUCCCUUUCUCCAUUCUUUUUUAUGCCUUCUGAAUGAUGUCUAUGCUUUUUUCCUGAGUUUGUACCAUUACUGACAUCUGUUUUAUUUUCUUUCUCCUCUUGAAUUAUUUCUUUAUGAUGAUGUGCGUUUUGAUUUCUUUUGUGUGAGCAUGAUUUGGUAUUAUCUUGCCCUAAAUCAUUAUUAUGUUUGUUGCGUAGACCUGUAAAGCAAGUCAUCAAAACAUUAGUGUCUAUAUCAAGAUUAUAUUGUAACAUUCACUCACUAACUUAGCACACAUGCCAAAAGUAACUCUCCAGCUAACAAAUGAACCGUUCAGCCUGAUGAUGUGUCUCCAAAUAUUAGCAAAAUACUAAAGAGGAUCACACUUUUUGUCAUAACUUGUGAGUGUGUUAAAAUUAUAAGACUGGGUGUUGAAAUGGACACAAAUUGUGGCAUGUAGGUAACUAGUUUAUUAGAGCCAAAAUAAAAAACUAAAAUUCUAAAUAUAGAUUUUGGUGCAAUGUGCAGAGUUAGAAACAAUCCCUAAAUAUAUUUCAUUCCAUGCUGAAUCUCAUAGUAACACCCUCUAGUAUUGCCACUAUGUCAUUAAAGGAAAACUCCAAUCAUCUUAAUCACUAAAGCCUAAAGUACUGGUUAUGGUUGCCACGGUUUUCCUGGUGCUCUCUCAUUGUAAGUCAGUGUAGACUUGGUUGCCAUGUUUAACAUAGUUCCCUCCGCAAAAUGUAUUCCUAUAACUACUAAAGUGGGUUCAAACACCAUUAUCUACUUAGUUAUAGAUACACAGUGGAAGGAAAAAUGUACACUUCAUUUGUUAUAUUGUUGUAUAUUGUAAACUAUCAGAAAAUAGUGUUUUUUUCCAACCUCUAUCUACUGUCAUUCUUAUCAAUUUCCUAUUUCUGGUCUAUGAGAGUAAACGUUAAAGGUUUCUUUUAUUUACCUUUGUUGUUUCCUUCUCCAUCAACAUGGUUACUUAGAUCUCUUGCGUGUCUGCCAUUAUUGUUAUGGUUACUUUUUGCUCCAGGAUGCUGUCCAUUCUUUACUCCAUUCUCUGGUUUAUGUCCCCGAAUAGGUGUUUUUUUAUUGGCAUUUCGUCUUCCUCUUUUAGGUGCCUUCUUACCCUGGCGGGAUUGUCUUUGUCUUUUUUCCUCCACAUUUCUAUUGUCUUCUUCCAGUUGUUGUUCUUCACUUUCAAAUGACUUUUUACUUUCUGAAGAUUCUUGCUCCUCCUGUUCAUCCGAUUCCACUGAUUCCAUUUCUGCAGACCCUUGUUCUUCACUCUCUUCUGAGCUUUGUCUUCCUCGAUGUGAUUUCCUAACCUCUCGCAUCAUCCUUGCUUUGUGUGAGGGUUGCUUAUUCCCUUCUUGUCCCUCAUUAUGGUUUGUAUGACCUUCUUUAUGGCUAUUUUCAUGUACAUCUCUUACCUUCCGUAUGUUGCCUUUUUGAUUCAAACUGUUAUGUGCUCCUGUUUCAUUUCUUCCAUUUUGAUGCGUGUAGUUUUUAGCAACCCAUUGAUGACUCUUUAGGAGACUCUUUGGAUCUUGAUGUGUAUGGUCUCCAUUCUUUUGCAAAUGCAUAGCUACAAAGACAAAGUUUUCCAUCUUAGUAAAUAAUAUAUUAUCAUAAUGUAAACAUCUUAGUAAAAACCACACUACAAAUAAUUAGUCAAAGGAGACCAUAGAUUAUAUUACUGUUGCAGUUUUAAAUAAGCACCUUGCACUUUUUCAAGAUAGAUCGUUGGCUAAAGCAAUCAUUGAAAUGCUAUCUAGUUUGCAAAUGAAAUUUGUGUGCCAACUGCCAAGUCCAUUGUGCAGAUGACAAUUAUUCAAAUAACAUCUAUGCAAAGAACAAGUCACAUGAGUAUUGCAGAAGUAAAAAUACUUAUAUCCAUGUUACAUUUGUUGAGCUACAUAUACAGACCAAUUUUCACUGGUUAGCAUUACAGUUUUCACACAAAAUAUAUUCAACAAUCUAAAAGAUACUACAAGCUGGCCUUAUCAUGCAACAGAACAUACAAUAAUUUCUUAUUAGAUGGGUGAAAACUACUGAGGGAUAUAGUGCCAAAUCGAAAGUCAAAAAAUGAGUAAUAGAGUAUUAAAAUGUCAGUCCCUAAAACCGAAAUUGCUCUACAAUCGAUUCUUUGUGAUAGAAUUAAUUAGACAUAGUAAGAUAUAUUUUAAAAAUGCAUUUAAAUGCCUUGAAGACAAACAGACAGUCAGACAGACACAUAGACAGACAGACAAAGAGACAGAUAGAUAAAUAGAUAGACAGACAGACAAAUUGACAGAUAGAUAGAUAGAGAGAUAGAUUUGCUCUUUUGAACACAUUUCUGAUACAGUCCAAGAAGUUUUGAUACUUUAGUACUGCUUUAACAUCUGUGAGAGUUAAUUACAUACAGUGUUUUCUAUCACUACGGACCAACUUUUGAUGAUUCUGUGUUGACGGUCUAUGUUGCGAUAGCGUAUGUCUAAAUAAUUUAUACAACUGCAUGCUUCUUGACCAGUAUGUACACGUUCCCACUUUCCAACAUGCUAAGUGAAGUGUUUCUUGUAGGGUAGGGAGUCUAUGUUGAACUCUUGGGAAAUUAAAUGAGCAUAUAGUUGUAUAUGUAUAUUAAAUAUACAACAGUUGUUAGUUAUACAUUGAAGAUAAGAGAAAACUAAAGUGUGAUCAUUUUCUGUUUGGCUUCUGUGAGAUCCACGUUAAUGUUACUUACCACUGUGAUCUUUGAGACAUCUUAAUCCACAGGAGGUAUUUCUACAGAUAGACCCUGCUUCACAGUCCUCUUUAUUAGUACAUGUGGGUAAUGAAUAUACAUGUGAUUUGUUACAUGUAUGGAAUUCUCCUUUGUUGGUGUGUAAAGAGGGAUUUUUGUGAGUGUUGUUGAAAUUAGUGUUAUUCAUAAAGCAAUGUAUACAUGUAUGAUUUUUAUGUAUAUUGUUGAAAUUAGUAUUAUUCUCAGAGGAAUGUAACCAUGUUCGAUGCUUCUCCGUUGCUUUCGUUCCUGCAACAAAGCACAUAGAGGCAUACAUGCAAAUUAAAACCACAAAAUAGUUUCAGGUUACAAGGCAGAUACUACUUAGAGUUGUUACAUCAGUGUUACAGAGGUGAUGAUGUCUUUACUGUUUAUAAUGACAUGGGUAAUUUACUGAUGUUGGUCUUUCUAAGUUACCAAGGACAAAGGUUGUAGAUCCUGAUUGCAUAGGUUUUGCACAGGACACUGGUGUCCCUUUUUUGCCAGGAACAAGCUAACUAUUGAGUCAGUGGUAUUAAAGAGUAAAAAACUGGGGAGUCAAGAUGAAAAAUAGGUUUUUGUGUAAAUAUGGCACAAACGAACUCUGGGAUUAACCCCUUUACUUCUGAACAUUUUGUGAUUAAAGAAAAUAUUAGCAUGACAGUUAUUUGACUGCAUAACUGACAUAUAAACAUAUCGUAACACAAUAAUGUUUUUCAUAGAUAAUUACAAAUAUGCAAAUUUACACAAUUUUUACUUUUCACUUAUUUGUUUUUAUGAAACAAAAUGUGAGUAAUGAACAACUUUAGAUAGUAUACAGUGCCCUGUACAAUGCAAUAUUUCACACGAUCUGAAGUGUUAGUAUAAAAACAAAAAUACAGUUUUUCUCACAUACAGUAGAUGUGACAAAAAUAAAAAAACAUAUCAAAUGCCUCAUUUUUGUAAUGACCAUGGAGGCAUUACUAACAGUGCAGCUUUUUGAAAAUGGUAACAAAAUGUAAAAAUAAUGUCUGUAUUUGAGCUCAAUGCCCAAAUACAAUAAAUACAGUUAAAUCAUAUAUUUCUAAAAUAAAGGUAUUUAAAACUGCUAUAGCUAUUGUUAGCAAUCUCUGGACUGCUAAUUUAAUACUGAGAAUGAAAUGAUUGAGUCCAUUCACUCCUCUUCCUGCCAUGUCUGUAGAAAUAAUAUGACCCAUUGAAGCUUUCUCUACUGUCGGGGUGAGCACACAUUUUCAGCAAAUUUACACAAAUUAUAUCAGUGACUAGUGGCUUCUGGCAAAUAAAUGUGUUCCUCAACAGGCUGGUAAUCAUUUUUAGAUUAUAAAUAAAUGUGAGUGAGGCUUUAUGCACUAGAUUUCAUACUGCAAAAUACAUGCAAAUAAACAUGUUUAUACUAGAUUUGAGUAUUAAAGGGGUUGAAGAAGGGCAGCAGAGGAGCAUUGAAAAUUUGAAACACCUCCUGUCUGUAUUUACAAGAUUUUGCAAAAAUAAGAAAUCUAAAUUCUGUCUUUCAAUAUGUUUGGCAAUAGAAGAUAAUCCACUAGUUUAAGAUAUGCUAUGUACACAAAGUUUGGCUGAAAGGAAAACAAUAACCAAAAUGCAUUUAGUGACAGAAAUUAGACGGUAAAUUUCACACAAAAAAUUUAAAGCCAUGAUAGCAACAAUAAAAAAAAUAUAAACACUUUUUGUCCAGCUCGGCUAUUAUGGUCAAAAACUUUGAAGCUACCAAUCACAUUCUCAGUUUAUUCACUGCUGAGUGAAUAGCCCUGUUUCCUUUUUGCAUAUAAGUUUUGAACACUAUACAACAUGCCAUUCAAAAAUUGCACACAUAAAGAUAAUAACUGCUAUUUAAUAAACCGCUACAGAAAAUACAUUUAAAACAGUAUUACAUCUAAAUGGAUAAGAUAUAUUUUGCCUAUACUUACCUUCCUGUAUUGGCCAUGCUGCUGCCAGUCCCAGCAGCAGAGAAAUUAAGAGAAGUCUCAUGGUUCCACCAGUCUCCUCUUCAGGUUGAAGUUCUUAAGUGCUAGAAACCAAAGCUACACCGCUAUGCACCUGUGCUGAUUUCUUGUCUUUUUAUACCUGUCCAGAGCUAUUAAUCAAUUGGAUGGUUUGAGGAACACCAGACCCAUGAUUAAAGGAUUAUUGUAGAUUACAAAACCUGUAAUUAGUGACACUAUUGACGGGGAAUAAACACACCACUUUUGCUUUUAAAUAAUUGGUUAUGUGUGUCAUUCAAUAUUCUUUUUAGAUGUUCUAUGUCAUUGUUUUUUGUUCUAAGGCACACUCAAUUUUAUGUCUUUGGAUUAAUCUAUAGAUAUCCUUCUAGGAAAAAACAAAAUGUACCUGUUAUUUUAUUUGGUGCAGGUUAUAAAAUAUUGUAUUUAUAACCUUUGCAAUAUCUUAUAUAAUAAUAAUAAUAAUACUUUUAAUAAAACUUUUAGAGUACAUUCACAAGAAAUUAAACAAAAUGAUUAAAUUAAAUACUUUCAUACUAAGCUUAUUGUUGUAUCUGACUCUUUAAUUGGAAAUUAAAAGUUUUUAUAAAUUAAUAAUCUUAAUAAUCUAAGCCAUUUCGAAAAAAAAAAUAUGUAUUUACUAAAAUGUAUGCAUAAAUAUUUUUGUUUAUACAUAAUAAAAAGUUAAUACAGCAUAAGAUUGUUUUAAUUUAUCUUCUUUUUGUACUUUCCCAACGUUAGGGUGUGCUGUGCCACCCUACAAAAUAAGGGCUUUAACGCUGCUAGGGUGGCAUAGCAUGCCCUAAUUAUCUGGUCUUCCCUCCAGCCCAAAUACUAACCCUUGGCAUCGAUCGUGAUCAGGGGACCUGCUUGACAACCCAGGCAGUCCCCCUGCAGCCAAUCCAGCCGAUCUGAGUUAUGGGGCAUAUGGUCAUAGGAUCAUGGGACACAUGGCUCGUAUUAGCUUGAUUGACAGGAUUGGCUGCAGGGCGAUCCUCAGUAUAGAAUUAAUAAAGUAAUAUAUUUACGUAUAAAACCAUCUACUAUACACUUACUUAUAUAUAAUUUAAUUCUAAGUGUAGUUAUUCAUAAUUUAUAUGUAAUUAUAUUAUUUUAAUUAAUUAUAUAUAGGGGGCUUGCUUGACAACCCAGGCAGAAAUUCCAGAGAAUUUGAUUUGCAAGCCCUGUAUUAGACCCUGUAACUUUUCAAAACUACAUUAAACCUAUACAUUUAGAGGGUACUGUUGUAGUGAUGAGACAUUUUGUUUUAGAGCAGCAAAAUAUAUAAUUAUAUAAUCACUGGAAGUGCAUUUUUUUAGGGGAAAAUGCAAAAAAACCUAUUAUGGCCAGGGUUUGUGACCAAGUGGCUAUGAAAAAAUACUGGACACACCCCAUUGAGAAUACCCUGUGUUGUCUACUUUUGUAAAUGGUAUGCCUCAAUGUGGGUAAUUUUCAUUCCUGGUCUGCCAUAUGGCCUCAAAGGCAACAUGGGUCCAGCAAAUUUUAAUGUGUAAAAUCUGAAAUGGGCAAGCUCUUUAUUUGACCCUUUAACUUUACAAAACACCAUAAAACCUGUACAUGGGGCAGUGGUGUAGCAUGGGGAUCACAUAGGCAGUUGACCUGGGCACAAAUUUUUCAGAUAAUAAUAAAUAAACAAAAUAGCACAUCAUCCCCAUCUCACAGAAAAUCUCCCAAUAUUUGAACAUUCUACCCAGUUUUUCCUCAUUACAGAGCAAAUAAACAUUGCCACGUAAUAGUAUAUUUCUUGCGUAUUGAAGCCAUAAUGUCCUCAAGUAAUCCUUAUCAGUGAAUUACAUAAUGCCUAUUAACAGCGUGAUUUCCCAUUUAAAGAUACCUCAGGUUAGGAGUAACACUUGCCUUGCCCUUUGGCGCUGGCAACCCAUGCUAUGCCACUGCAUGGGGGGCAUUGUUGUACUUGUGGGACCUCACAGCAUACAGAUAUGUGUAGUUUUUUUACAGUACAAGCUAACAUAACAUGACAUUCACAGUUAAAAUGCCGUGCAGAACUUGGAAAACAACAAGAUGUCUUAUGCCUCACACUUUAUUAGAUUUUACUAAUAUUUAAUUAUGUUUCAUAUAUAAAUAUUUAAUGUGAAAUGAAAGCCAUAUUUCUCCUGAACAAAUUAUAUUUUAUAAGUGUGGGUGCACUUAAUAUAAAAGAGGCAAAUUAUGGUUGAAUAGUCAUAUAGCUCAAAUUCUAAGUUUUGUUUCGGUUCAGAAUUUGGACAAUUGCCUCGUUCCUUAAGAGGUUAAUGUGAGAUGCAGUUAUGAGCUAGGAACCUUGGCUGGGUGUUCAUUAGUUCUAAUAUAUAUGUGCUAGGGGCAAUAGUUCACUGCGUAUAUGUACACAUGCAUGUAUUCUAAUUAAAAGGCAUCUACUAUCCUUGCCUGUUCCGAGUAUCCCAGAACCUACCGCAUACUGGUGAUAUGUUUGAUUAUGUAUAAAAAUAUUUACCAAACUAAUAAAAUUAAUCCCAGUCUUCUCUCCCUAACUUAUCCAGGUUAUGUAUACUUUAUCCCCUUUCACCAUGCUUAUGAGAACACCUAUUAUGAUGCGAUUUGGUGGGCCCAUCAAUCUUGAUGCCUUCUCUACUCGAAGAGAAGGCAUGAUAGACUUGAAUGGGCUUAUCUGUUAUCUUCUCAGUAAAAUAGAUUCAUCUCUUUAUUUUAUUUAUGCCAUUCGCCCACUCUAUGAUCCCUCCAGAAUGGGGUCCUCACACCCCAAGUCUUUCAUUAUUAUUUUGAGCAGGAAUGGUACCAGGAAGGAAAAAUAUUUCUCGCACCACUUAAAUUGACAAUAGCAUCUAUUAGAUAUAUUUUCAGAGGAGGUGGGCUUUAUGUUAUAUUAAUUCAUUAUUAAUGAGGACAAGGCAGAAGCCCUCCCUAUCAACCCUUCUUCACAACCUAUAGUAUUUGUUAAUAUGGGUUUAAUUUUGUCUACUGUACUUUGAAGUUUUUGGUCAUCUUUCUAACCUCAAACCCAGGUCUGAAUGAAAUUGUAAUAGGAUAAAAGUGGUUUUUAGAGCACUCAUACAACUCCUAUUUGAAUUAGGUAUAAUCAGUUUAUAUUUCUGCAUCAAGAUCAUCCAUUCUAUAUAAUACCAUUUGUAUCAUUUUAGCAAUUUGACACUCUUGUUGGAGAAGGAGGAGGCCAGAUGAGUGGUGGACAAAAACAAAGGAUUGCCAUUGCUCGUGCUCUGGUCAGAAAUCCUAGAAUCCUCCUUCUGGAUAUGGCCACAUCUGCGCUAGAUAAUGAAAGUGAAGCUACUGUACAAGAAGCCCUUGAUAAGGUGAGUAAACAUCCAUUACUCAGACAGGGCUAAACUAUGGGUGCCAUAUACCUAAUACAUGUAGCUCUUUGCUCCUUUUGAACAUUUAAUUGGUUAAUGCACAUAAAGAAUGAAGAAUGCAAAUCACAUGCAUUGCAAGAAUUCUAUUCUGAAAAACCCUGAUUCACCACAAUCAACCAUGAUUAUAGGGCUUAAUUUAAAAUUCUGGUUCUUGCUGUCAAAUCUCUACAUAAUGCUGCUCCCACCGAUCUGUCCUCCCUAAUACACAAGUAUGUCCCAUCUAGGCCCUUACACUCUGCUGCAGACUUACUCUAUCUUAUGUCCGUUCUCCCACCUCUGAUCACCUUCAAGACCUCUCAAGGCUGUUGAGAGGCUACACUACUAAACACUUUGAAAAAGCUGCAAAUCUAAUAGAAAACAGAUCAUGAAAGAUUUGGAGUAAGCAAGAUUCAGUUUAAUGAAAAAAAUUAAACCAAAAUAUGUAUUAUCCUCUUUAAUGGGCACUAUAGUCAUCAGAACAAUUACAGCUCAAUAUAGUUGUUCUGGUGAGUAUAGCCUUUCUCUGCAGCCUUUUAGCUGGAAACACUGUAUUUUUAGAGAGGAAAGGGUUGCCUAGGGACUCAUCUAGUGGCCACUCCUCAUAUGGCCACUGGAGGUGCUUCAUGGGGCAGACACUGAAUUUUCCCUAUAGAGAUGCAUUGAUUCAAUGCAUCUCUAUGAGGAGAUGCUUAUUGACCAAGUUGGCAUUUGGCUCCACCCUUGCUCCUAUGGGAAAGCAUUGGCUUGGCUGAGAUAAUCAAUUCUGAUUAUGUCAGCCAAAGAGGCUGAUUGGGGCAGGGCCAGUGCUGAAAAUAAGGUAAGCUUUCUUACCUUUUAAGGGAGGCAAGGGGGAGAAAGCAACAUAAAUGGUGGUUUUAACACAUAUUUGUACUCCUGACCCUCUAUAGAGUUCCUUUAGAGUUAUUCAGUAAAUCAAUAUUAUUCAUUUAAUGGUCAGUAUGACCUGGUUGAGCAUUGAUGAGAAAUGAAUUGCAGCCAACUGUCCCUUACAUAAUCCAGAUUCCCAGGAACAAUGCAGCAAUAAAAGCUGAAGAUGACUAAAACAUUUCCAUCUUUUUGCAUACUUGAAUAUAAGAAUGCAUUCCUUAGACAGAAACUUAGAAUGUUGGAUACAAUUUACAUAUAUUGAAAAUGAAUAGCAAAUUAUGUUUUUAGGUUCGGUUUGGACGCACAACUAUCUCUAUUGCUCAUAGAUUAUCAACAAUUAAAAAUGCUGAUGUCAUUAUCGGUUUCGAGCAUGGAAGAGCUGUGGAAAGAGGGACCCAUGAUGAGCUACUGGAGAGGAAAGGAGUUUAUUUUACACUGGUUACAUUGCAGAGUCAAGGGGACAAAGCACUUAAUGAAAUGGAGAAGCAAAGCAAGUAUCUCUUGAAUUAAUUUCAGUAUUUGUAUAUGAGUGAAACAUUUAAUUUAGUUUAAGGGGCAAACAUGUUGACUAUGUAGUAUAUUGAUGACAGAAUUUAGUCUGAAAUAGCACAGUUGGAAUUAUGGGCAAGGUGGAGAACUUCAAUAUGAUCAGGUAUACUGUAGGAGUCCUGGAUCCACAGCACUAAAAAUACCUGUGUGUGUAGGCUGACCUUGGCUUGUGGGUCGUUGAGCCCUUGAAUUUUUCACAUCCUCUGGAUUUCACUCAUGUCUGUAACACCAUAACAUAAAGCAUUCAGACAAAACCUAACAGGAAAUAGCAUAUUUGAUUGUACAGGAUCUGUGGGACUAUCAUUAGUCUUGACCUACCUUGCUCUUGAGUCUUGACUAACAGUGAGCUGGGAGAGCACUCCACUGGAAAUUCUCGCAGCAAACUGGAUAAGAACUUGAGUUGAACAGCAUAAGCAGGAAUCCUACUAGGGACUACAGCAAUGUCUCAGCUGGAGCAUAUGCAAUAGCAUUGGAACUCUCCAGAGGUCAGAGAUGUCAUAUUCUCACAAUUGGGACCCCCGUCCCAUAUUUAUCUCUUUUGAGAAGACACCAUAAGAAAGCAGAGUGAAGUAACAUCAAUAAAUGUGCUUGUUCUGCGUGCUGCUGAUGCAAAGCAUAAUGUUGUUGGGUAAUCAUUUUCUGCAGUUCUCAGCAUAGGCAAUCCUGAUUGACUGGCUUGCAUUGCUGUCUGUCAGGCUGGUACACAUUCUUUUCAAAUAAUUUUUAUUGAAAGAUAUUGCAGAUUUUACAAGUAAUAAAAAAAACAAUAUAUUAGGGGAGGGGAAAGGAAGGGAAAACUUGGACGUGGGAAAAAGAGGGUAUCCAUCCAUUAUAACGCACGUAAGUUGAAAAACAUUCCAUAACAAGUUAUUAAAGGUUAUAUGUUUUUUUGACAUCGGUUUCCCAUUGAUCCCAGUGGUAUUUCAAUUGUGCAAAUAUAUGUGUGUUAUUUCUAUGUGAUAAUUCAUAUGAUUUGUUUUUUAGUGUUAGUGUUAGUACUUUAACUGAGGGUGUGUUUUUAGAUUUCCAAUAUCUAGGUAGGCAUGUGGUUGCAGCUAUCAGAAUGUGGCCUACUAUAAUUCUAUCAAUUUUACUGAUGGAUUCAGGCAAUUUUUUAAAUAGAGCCAGUUCAGAUUUGAAGCUACCUAUGUUACUGUUCACCUUAAUAAUUAAGUCAUGUAUCAUUUUCCAAUAUUUCCAAUAUCUAUUCAGUUUCAGAGCUGAAAAAAAACUGAACCAAUCCUCCAACUUAUACUGGGAACCCAGCUCCAUCUCCCAGGAUAACAUAUGCUUCAGUUUAAUUGAUGGUUUAUCGUUAUAUUACAUAUAACAGAUAGAUAUAAUGCCCUUCCUAUUCGGGUCAUGCAAACAUAGCUUUUCUAGUUGUGAUAUUUCUAGUGCUUUAUAAUUUCUGUCUGUUUCCGGUAUGUUGUAUAUUUCUUUUCAUUUCUCAAUCACCAACUCACAUUCAUCCUUACAUUCGGUCGCCAGUCUAUGCUUAAAUUGUAAUCUUUCAUACAACAAAAUAGAGUUUCCAUGGAAAAAGUCGUCUAUAUGAUACAGUUGGUAAAAUGAUGAGUUUAAGGUCGGGAUGUAGUAUUUUAAAGAUUUAAUUGGCAUGGCUCUAUAUAGUUUUGUCAAGUGACAGUUGUUUUUAAAUACUAUAUCCCAGGCUUUAGGGGUGGUCUUAGUGGUCAUAAACAUUUUAGUUACUCCAGGUCUCUUUACAGAGCUUAGUCAGGGUAAUUCCCCGAGUUGAAAGUGGAGAAUGCUAGAUUCCUCCAUCUCCAUCCAUCUCGGCCUAUUUUUUUGACUAUUAAAGCUUACAACCGCUGCAGUGUUAGUUGCAAAGUAGUACUUUCUGAAAUAGGGACACCAAUGCCCCCAUGAAGUUUUUGGUGCUGCAGGGAUGUAAACUUAAUUCUGCUGGGUUUGUUCUUGGUACACAUUCUUGCAUGCAUGCCUGAAUAUGGUCUUCUGAACCCUCUCCAGUGUUGGGAGGUACAUAAUUACCAGAGCCGGAUUACCCAUAAAGCAGUACCUGGCGGCUGCUGUGGCCCAUGACUCCAACAGGAGCAAGAUGGGCCCCUUUCUAGGAAUGGAACUCUGGCUUUGUCUGUGAGGGGGCCAUAAUUGAGCUAGCAGAGAGAUCAAAAGUUUUCCCUACUCAGCGCUGGCAUGCUCAAUUCCUCAAGGAAACUUUGUGGCCUGCACCUCUAUCAGGUUUGUGGUCCCUUAGUGCUCCUCAACAAACUCAGAAUUCAGCAGCAGGCUCUUUAGCAGACUCACUCCCCCCCGACAUACAGCUGUCAGCCAACUCCAUACAUAAUUGACAUUCAUCCACUACACACUCUCACACACUUUCACACACACACACAGCACUGAGUCUCCCUCACAAACAUACAUCACUCAACCACCACACACAUUCACACACAACACUCACAGAACAGAGCCCCAGGCAGUAGGAAAAUGUGCAAUCUGGCAUCCUAUGUAGGACAACUGGGCAACCUUAAUCCAGCUCUGAUAAUUACACAUACAGGGCAUGUCUAGAAGACAUUUAGAACACAACAUGAAUGUAAAUAAUUUCAGUGUUCAAAAAAAAUCAAGUCAGUUUUAUCUUAGAGAUAUGGAACUUGGUUAGUAGGCGUACUAUAUGCCAAAUACCUUUCUUGUUUUUUUUCCAUUCUGAAAUAUUUAGCACCUACCAGCCAUUUUUAUUUGAUAUAUUAUAUACUUGCAUUUAAUGUUAUGAUUUACUAGCAUCACAAUGCAUAGAAUUCUGUUUAAUAGUACAAGUCCAAAGGUUUAUUUUGUAGCUUUGCCUGACUUUAGCCUAUUUUUGGGUCAACAUUACAUUUUGUUUUAUCUCAGAUACAGAAAACAAAGAGUUUGAGGAACCUAAGCUUGAGGCAGUUAAUUUGUUCAAGAGAGGAAGCUAUCAGGCCAGUCUACGGUGAGUCCAUCAAGAGAACUAUUGAUUCAGUAAUGUUUGCAUUCUCCUUGAAUAACACGGAUUGGUACUAGAAUAAGAAUCGAAUUAUUAACCUCAUAUUAGGAAAGAAAUCUAGGAUGACUGACCUUUUAUCAAAUUUGAAUUUAUACAUAUACAAUUAACUAUUUUUUAAGGCUGAUACCUAACACCGUUGAGUUCAUUUCUGAGAAAAAGAAUUGUUGUAUGUUCAUAAAUUGAAAAAGGUCAUGGACAAAGACUAUUAGAAUUACAUGUUAUGAAAUAGUACGCACACAAAAUAAAUAUAUACAUACAUCAUUAGACAGAGACUAAAGAAUUAUUCAUCCUUUAAAUUGGAUCAUUAUUUAUAUAACCUUUGCAAACUAAUUGAAGGUCAAAUAUAAACAAUGCAGACAGUCUGACCAAAUGUUUUCUAGAAACACAGAUAUCUAUAGAAUUCUGCAAGUUGCUUAGUCAUGUCAUUUGUGUGCAUAAUAUUCUUUAAAAAAUGUUAACAAUAAAUAAAUUCAAUGUAUAAUAUUUAACACAUUUAACUUGUUAUUCUAAAAUGGAUCAAGCUGUUCUGAAGAGCAUCCAAUCAUUGUGUGCUUAAGAAAAUGUAACACUGUUUAAUUUACUGAAUGGAAGAAAGGAAAAAUGAAGAAAUAAAGUUAAUGCAUUGAAAUACAUAUGAAUAUAAACAAGAUAUUCAAAGUUCUAUAUAUGGGAGUAAGGUGCUAUAUCUGUUUAAGGUCGUGUAUAUGAAUACCAUAUAAGGAACAUUAUUUUUGAUUGUAGCGCUUCAAUCCGGCUUCGGUCCAGGUCUCAGUUGUCCAAUGUAGUUCCAGAUAAUCCUUUGCUGGUUCUGGGGGAUACCUCAUCUCAGUAUGAAGAUACAGGAAAAACUAAAGCAGUAAGAUAACUGUGUACUUAAUAAUGAAAAUAUUUCAAAUAACUAUUAUUAACAUUAUCAAUGAUUGCUACUUGGAACCAGUCUCAUAAGCUAACUAUUUGUAAUGCAGUCCUGUUGGUUACUCUUUUGGUCUUAUUGGUCUGAGUAUUAGAGACACACUUUUUGUAUUGUAUGUCUUUUACUUUAUCUCAUACCUUAUGAUUCUUUAUUUAGACCUAACAUUCAAGGCUGCUUGUCUUUACUUUUAGUAUUAACUGGAUAUAGAACCCAUUGAGCAGUGAAUCUCAAACAAAUAUUUAAUGGCCACCAAAGAUCUAAUGCAAGUGAUGGUACCGAUAACUCACUGAAAAUAGUUGACCUUAAAGGACCACUAUAGGCACCCAGGCCACUUCAGCUUAAUUAAGUUGUCUGGGUGCCAGGUCCAGCUAGGGUUAACCUUUUUUUUAUAAACAUAGCAGUUUCAUAGAAACUGCUAUGUUUAUGUUAGGGUUAAUCCAGCCUCCAGUGGCUGUCUCUUGACAGCCGCUAGAGGCGCUUGCAUGCUUCUCACUGUGAAAAUCACAGUGAGAAGACGCCCGCGUCCAUAGGAAAGCAUUGUGAAUACUUUCCUAUGGACUGGCUGAAUGCGCGCGCUGCUCCUGUCGCGCAUGCGCAUUCAGCCGAAGAGGAGGAGAAGAGGGAGCAGAGGAGGAGGAGAGCUCCCCACCCGGCGCUGGAGAAAGAGGUAAGUUUAACCCCUUCCUCUCCCCAGAGCCCGGCGGGAGGGGGUCCCUGAGAGUGGGGGCACCCUCAGGGCACUAUAGUGCCAGGAAAACGAGUAUGUUUUCCUUUUACUAUAGUGGUCCUUUAAGGGAUAUACAAAGAUCAGCUACAACAUUAAAACCACUUGCCUAAUAUCAUGUAGGUUCCCCUCGUGCUUACAAAACAGCUCUGAUGCAUAGAGGCAUGGACUCUGCAAGACCUCUGAAUCCUUUAAGUCCUGCCAGUUGUGAGGUGGAGCCUCCAUGGAUCAGAUUUGUUGUUCCAGCACAUUCCAUAGAUGCUUAAUCGGUUUGAGAUCUGGAAAAUUUGGAGUAGUCCCUUUAGUGCUCUCACUUUCGCCGGCUCGAAAGUUAAAUGUGAGCGUGCGUUCCACCAGGAGACCAGCAAAGCCGCUCCUGCAUUCCGCUGCAGUCCUCCUCCGAGAAAGUGCUUGUUCGGUGUGACCACCUUACGCGUUUCGCGACAGGUAACGUCACUUCUUCAGAGGCUUAUUAAGUUACCUGUUUUAAAUUAGUUUUUCAAUUCUCACAACAUAUUUUCUGGUACAUUUUAAGAUCCAGUAUCCUUGUGAUUUAUUUUAUAUCCUGAGCUUUUAUGGGUGCUUUUUUUAUACCAGUAGAGAUUAAUGUGAGUGAGGGAAAAUAAGCCGUUUUCCUAAACAUUCCAAGUUCAUUCCCUGUCUUUCCCUGUCUUUCCACUCAAUUUGGAUAGGUUUAUUCCUGUACGCUUUACAUGCAGUGUAUAUGAGAGCCUGUAAAAGAAAAAUAAUUGUCACUUGGGCAGCAUGGGUUGUAUGGGAAAAAUAAGCCAUUAUGGUGUCUACACGGUAAGGAAACCAAUGACUUUUAGAGGAUUCUAAUAAAAACCCUGUUAUUUUAUACGUAUUUUGUUUAGUUAGAUAGUUCACAGCUGAUUAGAAAUGAAUAUGUGACUUCAUGCGAGAACACACCAACUAACAAAAGUACUUUAGUGCUUUAUGUGUAAUUUAUGUGACCUCUUUUUUGCAUCUUUCAAAAAGUACAAAUAUCAAGAAAUUGGCACUGUUAUAAAUUAACCUUGUUACAAUCCCUGCUGUCAAUCAGGCAACCAUUCAUGUUACUUCCUGGUCUGGUUAGCUCAGUGGAGCUAAACUCAAGAGUCAGGCAAUUGUCAAGAGCAUAUGCCUUACAAAGAAUCCUCGUUCAGCUAUAUUCAGAAGUCUGUGACUGGACAGACACAGAAAGUCUGGGAUGGGAAAGAAGGGGGGGGCUUGCAAAGUUGUUUUUAGAUAUGCCACCAAUGAAAACAAUGCAUUAUUAAAAAAAAAAUUGAGUUUUCACUGGGUAUAUCUACUAAGCAGAUGUUUUAAUAAUUUAUUUUUUUAAAUGUUGUAUUUGUGCAGUGGAGUGUAUGCAAAGUGCCAAUUCCAAGACAGUAAUUUGUGAUGCUAACAGCACGUUUGCCCACUUUAGUCUAAAUUACUCAAUAGCAAUUCUAUUAAUAGCUAGCCAAAAUCCACAGUACUUUUUUUUAAUACAACAUUUAGUAUAAAUUUGCUGCUGAAAUAGAUAUAGUAGAACCAUAACUGUAUGACUGUAUGUCUCUAAAAGCAAUAAAACCUUUUUUUUUAAAUCUUUUUUUUUUUACUCAGGAUAUCUAUGCUGAUGAUGAUGAAGGUGUGGAACCUGCACCAGUGGCCAGAAUUUUAAAAUACAAUGCUCCAGAAUGGCCUUAUAUGCUAGUCGGAUCAUUUGGAGCUGCUGUUAAUGGAGCCGUCAGUCCUCUUUAUGCCUUGCUCUUCAGUCAGAUUCUUGGGGUAAGAAAAGCAAUGCUGAGGUUGAAACAACAACAAAAAAACACACACACAAAAAAUGUAAUUUCCUAAAGUUUCCUAAAUUUUACUUAAAAUAUUUUGUCUUUUCCAUCCCAUGAUGCAGUCACGUACACACAAUCCAUGGGCGCGAAACUGAUAUGUGCUCCCCCCCCCCCACGACAGACACAGACACAUACAUACAGACACACAUAUUUACAGACAGGCAUACAUACACACAGACAAAUAGACACAGACACAUACAGACAUACAUACAGACAUACAUACAGACAGACACAUACAUACAGACACAUUCACACACACAGACAGACCCAUACAUACACACAGACACAUACAAAGACACAUACAGACAGACACACAUAUGCAUACAUACAGACAGUCACACAUACAUAUAUACAGACAGAUAGACACACACAUACAGACACACACAUACAGACACACAUACAUACUGAGACACACACAUACACACACAAACACACACACACAGACACAUACAUACAGACACAUACACAGAGACAGACAGACACACAAACACAUACAUACAAACAAACAAACACACACAUAUACAAAAUGUUUAAGUCACCCUUCUGUUUCCUACCUGUUAUGUGCCGGAGGGUGACUUUCCCUGGGGUCCAGUGGUGGCUCAGACUGAUGGGAGUCAGAGUUCCCACUCUGACUCCCUCCCCUUUACUCCUGCGUGGCUCUGUCUGAUAGCUGGGAGGAGUGACCGGGGAGUGACCGGGGCAGUCACUUCCUCCCAGCAUCUGAUGUCAUCUCAGGGAGCCCGGUCGUGCUGUUAAAGCGCCGUGGCGCUGACUGAGCCCUCUGGAAAUGCAUAGCCAUUGGGUGGUCCUAAGAGCAUGGGCCCCUUGAACGUGCAGCCCUGGUGGUUUGCUGCUGGGCGGUGGCAGCAACACAUGGCGCAGGGCCACCUGGAGUGGCGAGCCUGAUCGCAGCUGCGACCCCUGCAACCCCUGCGACCCCUGCGACCCCUGCGACCCCUGCGACUGUGAUGCCUUGGAAGUGCUCAAAUGUGUUCAAGCACCACUAUGCACUAUGGGUGUGUGCAUUCUUGCCAUUGUCUCCAGCAGUACUGUGCAUACACUAGAAACAUCAGACUGUUAACAUUUUUGUUCUUUCCGUUUAGACAUUUUCUAUACCUGAUGAAGAACAGCAAAGGAAUGAAAUUAAUGGGAUAUGUGUGCUUUUUGUGGCUAUCGGAGCUAUAUCUUUUCUAACACAAUUUCUACAGGUAGUUUCAAUGUAUUUAUCUUGAUGCAAAAACACAUUGUCCGUUCAUUAUAUUCUGUGAGUGCACAUUCCCGGGACAAUAUUCCAUGGUUUCUUUUUUUAUUUAACAGGGUUACACAUUUGCAAAAUCUGGUGAAUUACUCACAAGGAGGCUACGUAAAAUUGGAUUUAAGUCGAUGUUGGGUCAAGAAGUUGGAUGGUUUGAUGAUCCAAGAAACAGCCCUGGAGCUUUGACUACAAGACUUGCAACAGAUGCAUCACAAGUCCAAGGGGUUAGGACAACUGGAUAAUCACAAUCCAAUUAUCAUAAUGUUCAAAUCAAAUAUUCUUUGCUUAACAAAUUUUAUUUCCAGCAGUGGCAAAAUAUCACGUGCCGGUCAAUGGCCCUAGAUUUAUUAAGACAUCCUGGUGCCACAGAUAUAGAAUAAUGCUGUUAAUUAUUAUUACCUUGGCAAGAUAAUUGUUUCUCUAAUGAUUUAAUUUCUUUGUUCUAUUUUAUAUUUUUAUUUCUGUAUUUAAUUUGGGGUAUCCAAAAAGUAUAUUUUUUAAAUUUAGCAGUAAUGCAGAGCCAAGUAUCAACUAACCAAAUCUAAUAUAUUUACAGGCCACUGGAUCCCAAAUCGGAAUGAUUGUGAAUUCCUUAACUAAUAUCGGAGUUGCCAUAAUUAUUGCAUUCUACUUCAGCUGGAAACUGAGUCUAGUGAUUACCUGUUUCCUCCCCUUUCUGGCCCUAUCUGGUGCUCUGCAAGCCAGGAUGCUCACCGGAUUUGCCAAUCAAGACAAACAAGCCAUGGAAUCUGCAGGAAGGGUAGAUAUGUACUAUUUAUUUGAUUAAAAUAAAAGCAAGUUAAUUUGUAGAUAUCUGAUUGUUCGCUCCACAUUUUUGCUGUUUUUGCUCUAUUAUUAUGUAGGAAGGUGUUUUAAUAUUGUACACCCAUUUCAUCCAAUAUUCAUAUGUUAUGUACAUAUCCACUAUUUACUUUUAUUUUACAAAUUUAGUUCCUCAUGUACCACAUGCAACAUGGUAAUAUCUCUUUGUAUCACAGUUCAACAUAAUUUUAGAUUGUUUCAUGGUAGCUCUAUGCAAACUCCUGGUGGUGUUAACAUUCUGAGCAUUCACCUAACCUAUGCCACAUUGUAUCUUCUAGAUUUCUAGUGAAGCACUUGGGAACAUCAGAACUAUUGCUGGAAUUGCACAAGAAAAGAAAUUUGUUGAAAUGUAUGAGGAACAACUUGAAUUACCAUACCGAUCAGCAAUAAAAAAAGCCAAUGUCUAUGGAUUGUGUUUUGGUUUUGCUCAGUGUGUGGUUUUUAUUGCAAACUCUGUGUCAUACCGAUAUGGAGGUUAUUUAGUGGAUAAGGAAGGACUACAUUACAGCUUUGUAUUCAGGUAAUAUGUGGACCUUAAUUGUAUUCAUGUACAUUUAUAUAAAACGAGCAAAGAAAAACUGCAAUAUUGGGAAAUAUGUUUUUUGUCAAAUUUGUUAUCAUGGUUUAAAAGUUAUAUUUUGAUUUUCAACUGACCACUGAUGCCUAUAUAUCAAAUAUUUUACAAAAAUAGUGGUGUUUUGUAAAUGUGAAACCGGAACAGUAUGUGGAACAGUUUCAGCUGAAGCAAUAGCAACAAUAGAAUAACUAUAUCUUGAAAUAUUUCAUAUCCAUUCCAAGAGAUCUUCACUUAUAGAACAGGAUGGGUGCAAACUUUAGCUACAGGGUGUAAAUAUUGGCUGUUCCAUCCACAACGAUAGUGUGACUGACCAUAAAUGACCAUUUUAUCUUCUAUAAUAUAUGAAGUAUUUUUGGGGUAUGGGUCUGGAUAUUGUGCUAACAGUAGUGAGGAUUUCACCCAAAAGGUCUGGUUGCAAACAAGCAUAAUUUUGUUUGCAAAGCAAAACUUUUAAUUUUUAAUGCAAAGUAUAAUCUUCAAACCCAUUUUAAUAAUUGCAAUAAUGGAUCCUUCGAAUUAAACUCAUCACACUAGAAGUGCUUGUCAAAAUAACCUAUAUAUUGCACGUUACAACUUUAAUUCUAUCUCAGGAAUAUCGAUUGAAUUGUGAAUUUCUCAGGAAAACUAAAUAAAUUCAAAGUGAACUUACAAGUUUAACCCAAAUAGCUGACAUAGAGAAUUGUUUUAGUUCAGGUAUGUUAACAGAAACUUUGUAAUUCAGAUUGCAUUAACACCAAAUUCACUUUUAAUUUCCAACAGUUUGCACUUUAAUGAAUAACUUUGAAAGUGUUUUCAUUUCACAAAAGAGACAUGAUUGUGUUUUACUGAUUCCCCUUGAAACUGAGUCAUUAACUAUUUUUUUAUUGAACUUUAGAGUAAUAUCAUCAAUUGUGACCAGUGGGACCGCUUUAGGUAGAGCGUCAUCUUAUACUCCAGAUUAUGCCAAAGCUAAAAUCUCUGCGGCACGAUUCUUCAAACUGGUUGAUCGAGUUCCAAAAAUUACUUUGUUUACAGAAGAGGGAGAGAAAUGGGUAAGUUUUCUUUUUAGCAAUGAUACCAAAAAGAGAAACCAUGUAAAUUUUGAACCAUUGUAUUAAAAGAACCAAUGUAUAUUUUCCAAUUAAUGUAUUGCUAAGCUUUUCUCACCACUGGCUCUUGUUGGAUGAAAACAAAAAAUAUCAUCGUUAUUGAAUUGGUUAAAUAAAAAAUCUAGAAGAGGGGUAUUCUCAAACAGGGUCAUUAACUGCUGAGUUUUUGUCUCAAUAACAGCUGAGUUUUUGGCUUUCAAUUGUUUACAUUAACUGUAGUCAGUAAACAAGAGAAAGUCUAGAAUUUUACACUUACCAUAAAAUAUAAGUCGUGACUAAAAAAUAUAUCAUACCAUAAAAUAUAAGUCAUAAAAUAUACCCCUCCCAUAAAAUAUAAGUCAUGACUUGAAAACCAAGAGCAACGAAAAGCAAACAACACUCUAAAUCUAACAACCACAGUCUGUCAAGACACCUCUAAUGUCAGACAUAUAUUAUUAUCUCCAUUCGCUCACCGUAUUUAAUAAGAAGUGCAAAUAAAAUUAUUUUACUUGCAAGUUUUUAAUCCUUAUUUUGUAUGACUUUUCCAGAAUGAUUUUAAGGGAAGUAUUGAAUUUAUCAACUGCAAGUUUACAUACCCCACGCGCCCUGAUAUCCAAGUGUUGAAUGGUCUCAAUGUGUCUGUGAAGCCAGGACAGACCCUUGCAUUUGUAGGAAGCAGCGGUUGUGGCAAAAGCACGAGUGUUCAACUACUGGAAAGAUUUUAUGACCCAGACUAUGGUCAGGUGGUAAGUAAGAUAACUACCAACACAUGAUGAAUGUAUUUUUCAAGGGAAUCAAUUCACUACCAUGAAAGGUAGUAACCUGAAACUUGGAUUUUAACAUCUGGGCCAAUAAAGCAAAAUUAGAGAAUAAGUUAGAUGAUUUUUCCAACUUGCAUUUUUUAAUCAAAAAGUGUGUAAAAGUAAUCAGUACUAAACUCUGUAAAUUAUAUAUAUAUAUAUAUAUAUAUAUAUAUAAUAACAUCAGUAUCCAGUGAAACAGGACACCAAUCGGAAAAAGGAUCGUGCCAAUGGUACCACCAAAAGGUGGCUGGUCCACCCAAAGAAUAGGCUGGUCAUGAAUGUAUGCCAGGCUGCCUGCCAAUCACGCAGACUGUCCCCCUAAGAGCAGACUAUGACCUCUUGUGGUCCUAGUACACUGAUCAUAGCACAAGCUCACCUAAUGAUGCACUCAUGCUAUGCUUUCUAGGGACAGUUCCCUGAUAUCCCCCAAAACACCAGGGAACAAACCCAGGAUGACCAGACAAGAACGUGACAAAGGUUCUGUAGCGCUGAAAAUUUGACUGUUGGAAGCCCUGUGUAAUAUUUCUCUUCCUGUAAACACUGGAUUUUAUUAAAAAAAAUCAACAAAUUAAUUAUUAAUUCGAAUAAACUCAAAAAACAAAACAAAACAAUAUUUUGUGUGGCACACAUAUGGUGGUAUGUUAAAAGUAGGUAAAUCAAAUAGGUUAACAUCUAAAACAGCAAAAAAUUUGAAUUCACUAACUGCAUUCAUUUAGAAGUCUCGUCAAUUGUUUCUUAAAUAACCCGGUAGGUAUUGCUAUUCGGGUUUCAAUUUGUUACGAUUCUGAAUUUUUGGAAUAAAUGAUACAAUAGUGUGAUUGUUUCUGUCACAGUGUUUGUGAUUGAGUACGACAGUGUCAGUAAAUAUAUGUUUUACAGUUCACAUAACCUUAAUGACACAUAUUGCCUAACUCUACAUUGUCCCUUAAGCCCCUACGGCAGGUUUCCCGAAACUCUGACCAUCCUGAUGUUGCUGAACUACAACUCCCAUGAUUCUAUGAAUGAAAUAGACAGGGUGAGAAUCAUGGGAGUUGUAGUUCAGCAACAUCUGGAGGGCUGGAGUUUGGGGAUGCCUGCCUUAAGCCUUAAUUCUAAUUUCUUCUUAACCUAAGGCACAAUGACACUAAAUCCCCAUAAGGCUAUGCUCAACUCUAAAACCCUAUAACCCUAUGAUCGGACCUCCCAAUGGUAAUCUUACCCUAGUUGUGUAUUUUUCAAUACAGUGUGUUUUUGUGGCACCCUAUUUAUAAGGAAUAAUUUAAACGUCCCUUUUUAACCUCAGCAUUUUAAAUGUAUAAACUUGAAUGAGUUGCAGAACAAAGAGAUCUUCUGAUAUCGGAAAGACAACUGUUAAACCUGUACAAGAGAAGAAUACGCUCUGAAUAUAUACUUUAUAUUUUUAUAAACUGGUAAUACAAACAAUAGAAUAAAACCAGAUCCUUCCUUGUUUAUUUUUCUCCUGACACUAGCUUAGUUUGAUACUUUAAAAUUAAAUUUAUUGUUUUUUGUUUCUUCUUUCUGUUUUUUUUCCCCACAGCUAAUAGACGGACAUAACACAAAGAACAUCAAUGUGGCGUUCUUACGGUCUAAAAUUGGAAUUGUGUCUCAGGAGCCUGUGCUGUUCGACUGCACUAUUGCUGAGAACAUCAAAUAUGGAGAUAAUUCCAAGGCCCUCUCGAUGGACCAAGUUAUUUCAGCAUCGAAGAAAGCUCAGCUGCAUGAUUUUGUGAUGGGACUUCCAGAUGUGAGUAUAAAGCUGGCACUGCCUCUGUUAAUUGAUUUUGUUUAUUCAUGAAUGAUUUCUACAUACUACACGGCAGCUCUGGUCAUUUUAUAUGUUUUCAGGAAAACAAAAAUAAUCUGAAAAGCCAAAUGCCACCAGAUCUGUAGCAGCCAUUAGAUACACAUGGAUACUAUAUGCUCUCAAAAACAAAUAAAAAAUAAAAGUGUAUGCAAUGUACACACAUGUUUCACUAAAAGUAAAUUUUAUAGUAAUUUAUUUUCCAAUUAAAAGAACUAUAGGUACCCAGACCACUUCAGCUCAUUGAAGUGGUCUGGAUACAGUGUCCCUAUUGCAGUUUCUGCAAUGUUUACAUUGCAGCUCUAAGUCUGCCUCCAGAGCAGACACCAGUCGAGGGACAUCGGAGGAGGCACAGGCGCUACCCAGCGCCGAGGCACAUCGGCGCUGGGAUCAGGUAAGUAAAAUCUGCUUUUUAACUCUUUAUUCACUGCCAGCCAGGAAUACAGCUUUAAUAUCCCUUUAAGUGAAGUGCUUAAUGAUAAUUUGAUGGUUUCAAAAAUACAUACUGGUUUUUGACUUAGAUUGAUGUAAAGGUUUUUGAACUAAAUAGUGAAUUUCUGAAAACCAAAUUGCAAAAUUUACAAAGCUGAUUUUGAACAAUUCACCAGUUUAGCUAAAAGCACAGCACAUAUUUUGUUAAUGGUGCAAUUUUGUAAUUCGGUUUUCAGUUCAAUAAAAGAUUUUGCUUAGUGAAUACAUCUCACAGGGUUAUUAAGUGAAUGAUGGAUUUCUUGCAAUUCACUAGAAAAAAUAAAAUGUAAGCUCUAUUUAUAUAUGUAGCUGAGAUGUUUAACCUCACGAUCUGCCACAAUUACCAGCAAUCACUGUUUAAUGAGUUAUCUUUACUUGGAUUUAGAAGAACACAUACAGUAUGGCUUCCACACUGUCUUCAAUAUAACUUUGAUGUGCCAUUAUAAAAUCAGUUGUGCAGAAUUUUAAAAUUUCAAAUCUUAGCUGUGUUGUAAACCGAUUGCCUUGUUUUCCAAAUGACAGAAAUAUGACACCAAUGUUGGGGCACAUGGAUCUCAGCUCUCUCGUGGUCAGAAACAACGUAUAGCAAUUGCCCGAGCUAUCAUCAGAGACCCUAAGAUUCUGCUUCUAGAUGAAGCAACGUCUGCAUUAGAUACAGAAAGCGAAAAGGUAAGAAAUGGAAUAGUCUAACAUUAUUAAUGUUUUCAUAUAUUCAUACAUUAGAAUUCUGUAGAAUUUUAACCAGUGACUCUAAUUAUAACAGUUGAGUUGAAUGACAUCUUAAAGAUAACUCUUUUUGUUAUUUCUUUGAAAAAAAGAAAAUAUUACUAUCCAGUGCUGUAGUUAGGCACAGAUAAGUGGGACAACUGCUCCAGGCCCCUCGAUCUUUAGUCCCCACUCUUGCUGCUGUAAUGAAACCCUGAUGUGGGGUGCAGAGUAAUGACAGGCACUUUCUUGGCCCUCAUUACAGCAGUGAAAGAGAGGUGUGUGAGCGAAUAGCUAUGGAAUAAACAUAAAACUGAUAGUUUAUGAUUGAUGUUGUAAUGAAAUAUAUACCAAUAAGGAAGUGAUUAUGGCAAUAAAAAUAUUUUAUUAAAAUAAUACAUUAACAAAAACAAACAGUACAUUUGUAAAACACUCUUUAUGGAUGUUACGAAUGAGGUAUAUGCAGAUUAUUGGACUGAUGACAAUAAGCUGUGAAUGAUUUUUCUUUGCAGACGGUUCAAGCUGCCCUUGACAAGGCAAGGGAAGGUCGCACUUGCAUUGUGAUUGCACAUCGUCUGUCUACAAUUCAGAACUCAAAUACUAUUGCAGUCAUGUCUCAAGGAAUUCUCAUUGAAAAGGGAAAUCACGAUGAACUAAUGGAAAAGAAAGGAGCGUAUUAUAAACUUGUGACAACUGGAGCACCUAUAAGUUAAUAGCCCCCAUAACAUACCAAAAACUGACUUCAAUAAAGAAGACACACGACCUCAGGACAACCCGGCAGUCAACUAAAACCAAGAUGUGGGUUGUGCUCACUCUUCUUUUAUUUUAACUUGUAUGAUGUACGAGGAUGCCCAGACGAAGUUUGACGUACAAUUUAAAUCACUUGAAUCUUGAAAUAUUAUGCAUGCGCGCUGUAAAUAUGAGUGUGUGAAUAUUGAAUCAUCACCAGUAGGCAUAAGCAUGCAUAGGAUUUCACGAAAAAGAUACAGGAGCUUCUAUCCAGGUGCUUCAACGCAUCCUAUGAAGAUGUUAGCACCGGUAGCUGAAAGUGGUGCAGAGGUAGGUGUGUGUGAUGAUUACCUUCGCUGCACACCUCAACCUACCCACCUCAGUAGGGUGUGUGAAAAUGGAUGGGUCAUCCUCCUGAAUGUGAUCGUACCUCUACAGUAGCUCUAUAAGGGAAAAGUAUUAAUAAGGAUAACUAUACUAUAAUGUUAUAUAAAUGUGCAUACAAAUAUUACUGGUAUUGUCACUCUGUUGGAUUUCAACAAAUGUUUGGCUAUUUGUAAAUUCCAUCCCCUUUUGAUCCUGUUCUCGUAUCCUUAAUUUUGGCUCUGGUUUGCAAGGAAACUUCAGAAUUGUUCUGCCUGCAGUACCAUACAACCAGUUAUUGUACAAAUGCGUAUACACUUUCAAUAAAUUCCAUUGUACACUGUCAGUAAAAAUAUCAUUAAUUAUUGUUGUACCAAUGCAUUGAAAGUGUAAUAUCAGAUUAUCAACUUAUUUUCCUAAUGUUCCCCAUUAAAGGUUAUUUACAUUCUAUUUAUAUAAACAUUAUAUUUGUCAUGUGUUGUUUUGUGAUUUACUGAUUUAUUUUUUUAUAAAGGACAUUUUUCUGCACCCAAAGGAAAUGGGUUCUUUUGCAAGAAGUGGAUGUGAUAUAAGAUGUAUGCUUUGAAGGUCACAAAUUUAAUAUGUGCAGAUCAAUAUAGAUACUUUUAUAAACACUUUGAAUAUAUAAAACAAACAUUCACUGUGCAUUUUACAUAAU